GACAAACACUCAAGUAGUCCGAGUUUAGCGGCUAAACUCCGCCCCUGCCCUAUGUGGACUACACAAAAACCAGGAGGGCGAGUGCAUCUGUCCGAGUCGGAUGCUGGAAAUUACAUUUAGCAGAACUAAAGAGCAAGGGGUUUCAGCAGCGAUUCAUAGCGACAAUGCGGGAGCAUAUUACGACCCAUUCUUUCCAAUAUCGCCUGGAGGAUUGGAAUACGGUGAACAUGGUAAAUAUCUUGCCGAGAUUGAACAAAAUCCACAGACUCCAAAAGCAGAAGUUGAGAAUGCCAAGCGGGGACUUCAAGGAGGACAGGCUUACGACAUCAGCUCAAUCCACCCCUUGUGGCACCCCCUCCCUCACCCCCUGUGUUACCCCAAACGUCAGCCCACACACCUCACCCUUAAUCAACCGCAGGAGCUGGUUCAACAACCUGAGUCCUGCACCAUUUAUUGGCACACCAGAGCUGGGCAGUCCUAACAGAUUAGAAAUGGCAGGCAAUGAGGGAGGAGGAACUGGAGGGGAGAGGUGGAGCUUCUUUGGAACUUCUCGACCCGUAGUACAGAAGUCAUCUACAGACCCAGGCUCAGAAACCAACACAGUUACCAUUCUUGUCUGCUCAGGCUUCACUCUCCAGUCCUACUUUGGUGUGACCAAGUCUAACACCCUGGAGGGCAUUAAGACACAGGUCAACCUGAUGGUGGAUGACCCUGCCAAGAUCAACCCACCCAAGAUCGAUAUUAGUGGCAUUGAGUGCAAGAGACCCCCUCAGACCCGCCCACACAAACUUAAACCCCGGGACAUGAAUGUCCUAACACCUUCUGGAUUCUAAUAGCCCCAAAAACAAUCUCCCAUGAAUCCUAGCGACCACAUCCCCUGGCAGCCAGUAGCCGGUCUACUACACCCGUGGUUCUCAAACCUGUCCCUGGGACCCCCAAGCAUCUCAUAAUGUUGUUGUAGCCCUGAACUAGCUCACCUGAAUCAAGCAGCCAAUGCCUUGACAAUUAGUUGACAUGUUGAUGCAGGUGUUUUAUCUGUGAAAUACAUCUAAUACAUAGAAUUGCUAGGGGUCCCUAGGAGAGAACCACAGUACCACACUACCCUGCUCUGCCUGCUUAGUGGAACCCAAGAGACUCAGAAGAUGGAAGACAUGCUUCAGAAGUCAUUCCCAACUCCAGGGUUGUCAAACUCAUUCAGCCCCAGGUGCAGCAUUCGGCUUCAGCGAGGUCCAGAAGGCCACAUUGAAAAUGUUAUUUUGUCACUGUCAGAAUUAGCAAAACAUGGCUCGCGCUCUGGCAUUUUUUGUUCUUUGUUAUUAACAAGCUGGACACCGUAGAGUUGUUGUGACAAGGCUUGCUUCUUGCAUCUUUUCCAUAUCUGAAUUUUUUUUUUAUUUGAACAAUUCCUAAUAGUAUCUAACCUAAUAGUUAGUUAUUAGAUGAGAGAGUAAUGGCUGCUGACCUGGAGGUUUUUUAAAUACAUAUAUAUAUAUAUACACUACCAGUGAAAUUUGGACACACUUACCCAUUCACUUGAACGGGUGUGUUCAAACUUGACUGGUAAUGUAUAACGUCCCAAUGUUGUUUUCGUUAUUAGAAAGCUAUUUAUUAGUGUUACGAUAUUUCUGUAACAUGCGACUCUGUACAUUUUUAAGAGUAUGUUUAUAUGAAGGCCAAAGCACUGAUGAAAUCCUUUUGAAAUAAUCUUUUAUAAGAACUAUUAUACGCUUUUGUUUUUUCAGGAUGUUUAUGAAUUCCAAUGAUUUGUUGCACAAGGGAUUCCUUUUCCCGCAUUUAGCUGUAAAUAAACUCAACACUAAUUU